AUGCUCGGCAGCAUUUUCGGAGCAAGUCAGAGGAAGAAAGAGAGUGGGAGGGAGUUCCAGAGGCGGGGAGCAGCGCGACUGAAGGCUCUGGAGCCCAUGAUGGUCAUGCAGGCAGGGGAGAUGGUGAGACUGAGAGAAGAAGAUGAUCUAAGAGUCCGGCUGGGCGUGUUUAUAUGGAAAUGUGGCAAGACUUUUAUCACAGCAACAAAGCUAAGAAUUCACAAAUGUAUUCACACUGUGGAUAAACCAUUCAGCUGUGAUCAGUGUGGAAAGGCUUUUACUCAGAAGAGUAAUCUAACAAGUCAUCAACUCAUUCACAGUGAAGUUAAACCAUUCAGCUGUGAUCAGUGUGGAAAGGCUUUUUCUAAGAAGUGUAAUCUAACAAGUCAUCAACUCAUUCACAGUGAAGUUAAACCAUUCAGCUGUGAUCAGUGUGGAAAGGCUUUUACUAAGGAGAGUCACUUAAAAAGCCAUCAAUUCAUUCACAGUGGAGUUAAACCAUUCAGCUGUGAUCAGUGUGGAAAGGCUUUUACUCACAAUAGUACGUUAAGAGAUCAUCAACUCAUUCACAGUGGCGUGAAACCAUUCAGCUGUAAUCAGUGUGGAAAGGUUUUUACUCAGCUGCGCUAUUUAAAAUCCCACCAACUCAUUCACAGUGAAGUUAAACCGUUCAGCUGUGAUCAAUGUGGAAAGACUUUUACUCACAAGAGAACGUUAAGAGAUCAUCAACUCAUUCACAGUGGAGUGAAACCAUUCAGCUGUAAUCAGUGUGGAAAGGCUUUUACUCACAAGAGUCACUUAAUAAGCCAUCAACUCAUUCACAGUGGAGUUAAACCAUUCAGCUGUGAUCAGUGUGGAAAGGCUUUUACUCAGAACAGUAAUCUAACAAGACAUCAACUCAUUCACAGUGGAGUUAAACCAUUCAACUGUGAUCAGUGUGUGAAAACCUUUACUCAGCAUGAACAGUUGUUGAUCCAUCAAUGCCCCCAUUCUAGUAGAAAGCGGUACCACUGUGACUCCUGUGAAAAAGCUUUCAACGACCAGCAGAGCUUAAAACGUCACCAACGCAUCCACACUGGACAUGAUGUGUAUGCAUGUGAUUACUGUGGUGAACCAUUUGUACGGUACUCAGAGUUAAAAGCUCAUGAAGUGACCCACACUGGGGUUAAACCAUACGUUUGUGACCAGUGUGGGAAACGCUACAGCUACAUUGCACACCUCAAAGUUCACCAACGUGUCCACACUGGGGAGAGACCAUACAGAUGUGACGAGUGUAAGAAGACUUUUACAACUUUGUAUUCCCUGAAACAACACCAGCAGAUCCACACCAGAAAGAAAGCAUUCAAUCAGUGUCACAGUGAGCAGAACGGAACAGAUGGACAAAACUCUCAGACUUGUCAGCACUCUGCCAAUGGUGAACAGUGCUGCUUUGACCAGUCUGGACCAACGUCCAACCAACAAGGAACCCUACAAUGACACCAGCGUAUGCACACUGGACACAGACUGAACCCCUGCCAAGAAGAUUUCACAAUGCAGGGUUCAGUAAAAGUUCAUGAAGUCCUCCACAAACUUAAAGUCCUUGAGAUCCGGCUUCACAGAAUUCAGGUCUAAUUUCUUGUUUAGUGUCUUUGUUGCUUCGUUGCAAAAUCCAUUAAGAGGAAAGCUGUCGUUAACAGAAGUGACUGGUAAAUUAAUUAAACCAUUCAAAGUGGUUACUCAGUUAAAUGAAUUAUCAGUGGUAGAGGGAUAGCAGGGUUCUCACCAGGAUUUUUUUCAGCAUAACGGCAGGUCCUCCCGCAUGCACAAUAGCCUUCAUUAAAUCUCCCGAGCGGCCGGCCCAGAUGUCAGCCAAUGGGCGUCACGCAGAUACUCCAAAUGCUCAUGAUUUAGGUCACUAUUCACCAUACAUGGCAUUGUAACCCCGAGAUUGGAAGCGACUCUUAAUUUUAGACAGGAACGGGUCAAUCGACAGGAAAGUACGGCUGAGGUGGGGAGACAUAAAUUAACCUCGAUAGGCACCCAGUCGAUAAAAACUCUUUCACAGCGCCAACUGCCCCAACAAAGAAGUUUUCUCACAUAAAUAUGGAAAUAUUACGCAAGCAAAUGUGCUCAAAACACAAUAUCACAACUUGAAAGGCAGCGUAGUGGCCCUAAUCACAGCGUAAUCUUUUAAACUGACAGCGUAACGGCCCAUUACGCUGAAAUGCGCUGGCAAGAACCCUGGGAUAGACGUCUGGAUGGAGGCAGUGAGCAGCAGGGCGAAUUUCCUCAAAUACCAGCUUAAUGGUUCCUCAGAUCCCUCUGGGCUGCAGGAACCCGUUAGAUGCAGAACUGGUUCAGUGAUUCUCUGAUGAUUAAUCAUAAUUAAUUUAGGAGAUUACUGGCUGUAGGAGUCUCUUUCAUCUCAGGACAGUGAUGAAGAAUCUCUAAUAUUGAACAAGUAGAUCAACUAAUCUCUGAUUAUGUGCGAGUUUAAAUAUAAAAACAUGAAGUGUUCUAUGAAAAGUCCAAUCUUUGAAAGCUGACAUGUAGUUUAGAAUCAUUUCUUUGUAAAUUAGCUGCAUCCAGUCAUUACCAUGACAUUGGCAUCAUGGAACCAUGACCACAUGUAUGUGUCUGGAGAUAGUGGCAUUUUUAUAACGGCACAUUUUCAUGCUUUGACAGAUACAGUGAGGGGAAAAAAGUUUUCAGACACCCUGAAAAUUUUUAUACAAUCUUAAAUAUUAUCUUGAAAUAUUUGUUGCAAAGUCUUUUUUUGUGUUUCUAAGGGUGUGGCUGCAUCAGACAGACACAAAUACUAAUGAUAUUUUUGUUGUUUGUUGUUUACAAGAAAAACUAACAAAACUAAAUUCUACCAAAUUUCCCAUUUUAUGCAACCAGUCAAUUUUCAGUUUUUAAUGUCUUUUUUUAAGGAUGUGUUUAGUUUUAUGAUUGUACUAAAAUAAAUGACUCUUGAAGACCUCAAAGUGAUUCUUAAUGCAGUAUUUCACAAAUGUAUGGGAUGUCCAAAAACUUGUUCCACUGCUGUAUUUAUCAGCAAUCAGGGGCCUGUUUCACGAAGGAAACAGGAUCAAUACGUAAGUUUAAAUGUAGUCCUUUGUAAUCGUAAUAAUAUUACAGGGAAUAACUGUCUGAAUGGUAGAAUAGUAAGUUAUUUCAUUUAGGGGAAAUCCCGACGGGGCAGCAGCUUAAGAUGAAAUAUAAAAACAUUGUUCAAACAGGUCAGACCUCGGCAUUAUCUCAUGGAGGUCCUUCAUGUUGAUCAUGUUUUACAUUGUAAAGUAGCCUAAAUAUUAAGUGGCUGUUUGACUGUGCAGUUGUUUUAUCCACAUAGCCUAAAUGUCUGCAUCCAUAUCAUGUCCUGUUAAAUAAUUAAGACUAAACUAACAUAGACUUCUGCUCAGCCAACAGAAAGAAAGCAGAUGUCUGUAAAACGGAGGUAUAAAAGGUCGUGUGUGUGUGUGUGUGUGUGUGUGUGUGUGUGUGUGUGUGUGUGUGUGUGUGUGUGUGUGUGUGUGUGUGUGUGUGUGUGUGUGUGUGUGUGUGUGUGUGUGUGUGUGUGUGUGUGUGUGUGUGUGUGUGUGUGUGUGUGUGUGUGUGUUUAGUUCUCUUUUGUGUCUUUUUUUUGUCUUUUGGCCCCUUCACACCACAACAGACCUUGUAAUUGUAAGUUGGCAACACUCCAAAGAUUUAUCCAAAUGGUAGUUUAAGUUUACUGAAACAUGUCACUGAUCUACAGGGCCGGACUGGGAAAGAAAUUCAGGCCGGGAGAUUUCCAAUCAGUCAGGCCACUUUCGCCACCGCAAGGCUUGUGUCACGUGGGAUAAUGCACCAAAAUUUUGUUUUUUCCUUACAAAAAUAUGCCUUUUACAGUUAUGUUAUAGCAAUUGCAACACUACUAAACAGACAGUAAGUCUAUUAAACACAACCAUAACGACAGCUCCAUACAGUCCAGUACUUUUCUCUUCUGUAAUCUCUUCACUACCCUCACCAAUUUUUCCAAUGUUUUCCUUUUCCUAUUAUUUAUAUAACGUGGAAUUAAAAAUAUAUAUAUUAUUUUGUCAGCAAAUCAUUUAGAUGUCAGCUGGUCAUAGCUAAUAGUAUAUGCAAACACCAAUGUUCAUUUUAGAACUGAAAAUUGUAAGUCAACUGCCUAUCCUACCGGAAGAGGGGGUCUCAAACGUUUUCAGGCUUCCUGCAACCCACCUGACACCUGUGGAGCUUAUUUGGGUCAGACAUUUUUAUUAUAUUUUGGCCUUUGAAGUCUGAUGAUGCAUUUGUGAGAAGAACCGACCGUUUGUAAACUUACUUGAAGUAAGGGUGCUCCAUAAUCAGGGCUGCACAUAAGUGGUCCGCAUGCGCGCUUGCGUACUGAACGUGGGCUUCAAAGGUUUUCAUACGUACCGUUUUGCGUACCGAUGGCUCUAACCAUGAGGAAAAGCACUUCUCAAAAUGUCAGAGGCAGGCCCCGUAAUUAUUUUCGUGUUCCUCCACCCCCUUCACAAAAAAUCCGACAGAGUCGUCACCGGAGCCACCGGAAAAAGAGCUUGCUUUUUUUUCGGUGGCAUCAGAGCCGUCGGUACGCAAAGCCUUUGAAGCCCAGCGCAUUCGUCAACGUUCAGUACGCAAGUGCGCAUGUGGACCACUUAUGUGCAGCCCUGUCCAUAAUCUUCGCUCCGUCCACUCUCUCGCCUCACUCUCAUAUCACCGCUCUGCAGUGAAUGCUUCCGUUCUCACUAUGAAGGGGCGGGCCAUAAAGCAACUAACCAAUCAUGGCAGAUCUGUAAAUUGAAAUACUGGAGCACAAGUUAGAGGUGGUGAUGGUCACAGGUGAAUUAUGUUAACUACUGGAACAUGAACUGAACUAUCUUUUAUUUGUAGGAAAUAAAGAAGAGCAAAUGAAA